UGUGAUGACGUCAGCUACGCGGUUUCGUCGAGCGCCCUUUAGUCGAACGCGGUUUUGUGGUGGAACCGUUCUUAGCAUAACAAUGUCACAAUGCUAAUCUGGGAUUCAUCUUCCAGAAUCUAAUUUAGACUGGAGUCACAAAUGUUUUGGCAAUAAGGCCUAUUGAACAUAGUGACAUUCCUGAGUAGAGCCUAAAAUACACAUCUGAUUAUGCAGUUCAUUCAGUAUUUGGUUUUGUAAUAAUGAUCAGUCAGAUGUUUGUAAGAAUUCUCCUCUGCAGAGGAAUAGUUCUUUCAUUCAUUAAAACGAACUGUUGAUGUCUCCAUAACUGUGUGCAUGUUUAUGUUGUACAGUGAUAGGAAUACCUGGAAAUCUAAUAUAAUCCUCUUUUUGAGAACUGAAAGAAGCCUGCAGAGGAACCAUGGCAGCAAAAUUGAAUAGUGCUGUGAAAAAAGGUGAUCUUAAGCUUGUUCAACAGCUGUUGGAAGAUGGAGCAGAUAUUAAUGCAAAGGUGGAAUGUGGCUGGACACCUCUUCAUAGUGCAGUACAAAGAAAGUCUGAAGAGAUUGUUAACUUUCUACUGGAAAAUGGGGCUGAUCCAUUAGCUAGGAAGGAUAAUGGUGCCACACCUUUUAUUUUAGCAGGAGUGAUAGGUAAUGUGAAGCUUUUGAAACUUUUUCUUGAUAAAGGCUCAUGCAUUAAUGAGUAUGACAUCAAUGGCUUCACCGCAUUCAUGGAGGCUGCUUGUUAUGGGCACAAGGAGGCCCUGGAAUUUUUAUAUCAGAAUGGGGCGGAUCCAAAUCAGCGCCGUGAAGUUGAUGAGAUUAAAAAGGCUGUGAAAAAAGGAGGUGCCACAGCUCUAAUGGAUGCUGCCAGUCAUGGCCAUUUUGCUCUGGUCAAAAUCUUGGUCGAGGAAAUGGGUGCUGAUGUAAAUAUCUGUGACAAUCAAGAUGGAAAUGCAUUGAUUCAUGCUCUCUCUGAGGACAAAGGCAGAAAAGGCAGAGAAGACUCGGCCCUUUUCCUUUUGAAAAACAAAAUUGAUGCCAAUAAGAGGGAUGUAAAUGGGAAAACGGUGCUCAUAUUGGCUGUUGAAAGAGAAAGCUUGGAUCUUGUGGAGGCCAUAUUAAAAUUAGAUGAAGUUGAUCUUGAUGAUGCUGAUGAAAAUAACGAAACAGCAUUGCAUGUAGCAGUGGAGAAGAAAAACAAAGACAUAUCAAAGCUACUAUGUGAAAAAGGAGCAAGAGUAGAUGAUGAUGUCCUGGAUAUUGCCCGUAGAAAUUACCAAACUGAUAUGAUAGAACUUCUUCAGAAAUAUCAAUCGGAGGACACUCCAAGGCAGCCAGAAAUAUAUAAGGAAUUCUCUAGCAAUCGUUGGAAAUCAAAACUCCAGAAACUCAAUCAAAUGCAUCGUCCUAUGAUUGGCAAGCUCAAGAUCUUUCAAUAUCAAGAUUUAUGGAUCCAGAAGACCACCCAAGGAGGGGUCUACCUGGGAUUCUAUGAUGGCAAAGAGGUGGCUGUGAAGGUAUUCUGGAAGGCGGCAGAAAAUGCCAAGCGAGAAAAAGCGUGCCUCGAAAAAUGCCAAACCAGCAAAUACCUGGUGAAAUUUUGUGGCUCGGAAGAGAGGAAGUCCUGCCUCUACCUGUGCCUCUCCUUGUGCGAAAAGAAUCUUCAAGAGUACUUCAAGGAAGAGAGCAACGCAACUAUGGAAAGCAAGAAGAUCCUUAAAAUAAUAUUUGAGGCUGUAAACGAACUUCAUGCAUUUCGAUUUGGCCAUCAGGAAUUACACCCAAGUAACAUUUUGAUAG